AGUUGGAAAGGCAAAAGUUUUACGUAAGCCACGCUUGUGUAAUACCGAGUGAAAGAGCCCAUGCAGUAGUGCAGCGCGAACGAGCGCGGCGAGACGCGUGCGCGAGUGUUAGAUCAUACGUCAACACGUAUCGUUGGACUGAUUCCAAUUGAUUGGAAAGUGAUAAAAUUAAUCAAAACCUAAAACUAUAAUCAUAAGAAAUUAUUAGUGUUACCAUAUUGGUCGGCCGUUUGAAGGCGAGUGUCACAGUGUAGUGUAAUGUAGUGUAGACAGUACCAGUAUGUCAGUGUCCGGUGUAUGGGAUUUGAUUGACCUGGUGCCAGUGAGGUGCCGAUGGAUCGAGAGGCUCCGACGUUGCGGCAAAACUCUGCUGCGGCGUCACAAACGACUGCUUAGACGGAUCAAGAAGAUGUACCUACACAGUUGGCGCUCGGAGGAGCUGAGCAUGUUAGUAGGUGCCAAAGUGACAGACGCAACGCCAUUGGUCAUCGCGUGCAGGAACGGCCACUAUGACGUCGCCGAGUACCUGAUCAAGCGGUGCAAGGCUGACAUCGAACAGCCUGGUUCAGUGACAUUCGAUGGAGAGACGAUAGAAGAUGCGCCGCCGCUAUGGUGUGCGGCGGCGGCGGGCCACCUCCCUCUGGUGAGGUUGCUGGUACGCGCGGGCGCCAACGUCAACUCCAGAACCUUCACACACAGCACGCCGCUGCGGGCCGCCUGCUUCGACGGACACUUCGAGAUUGUCAAGUUCCUAGUUGAGAAUGGCGCAGAUAUAGAAAAACCAAAUCGACACGGCCACACAUGUCUAAUGAUAGCAUGCUACAAAGGUCACAUCCACAUAGCCAAAUACCUCCUAUCUCUAAACGCAGACGUGAACAGGAAGAGUGUCAAAGGCAACACAGCACUACACGAUUGUGCAGAGAGCGGGUCACUGCACAUACUGAAGAUGCUGUUGGACCAUGGCGCGACAAUGGAUGUAGAUUCGUAUGGAAUGACCCCCCUACUAGCUGCAUCACUAACGGGCCACACACACAUAGUGGAACACCUCACAAACGCGGACCUGGGGCUGGUGACGAGGCAGCAACGUAUCGACGCGUUGGAACUGCUGGGAGCGACGUACGUGGACAAGCGACGAGACAUGGUCGGCGCUCUGGCGCUGUGGAAGCGGGCCAUGGACUACAGGUUUCCAGCCGACGGCAGCGAGCCGAUCCCCAAGCCGAAGGACAUCCCGCGGAUAGAGGCGUACGACUACGCGGUGGAGCCGACCAACUCGCAGCAGCUGGAGGAGCUGCUGGCCGACCCCGACGCGAUACGAAUGCAGGCGCUUGUCAUUAGAGAGAGGAUACUAGGUCCGGCGCACCCCGACACAUCAUACUACGUGCGGUACCGGGGCGCAGUGUACGCGGACGCGGGCCGCUUCGCGCGCUGCCGCCAGCUGUGGCACCACGCCCUCGACAUGCAGCGAGCCGUGCUGCCGCCGCUGUCCCCCCUCACGCAGUCCAGCCUGUACAGCUUCGCGGAGCUGUUCUCCUACAUGCUGGCCGAGAGGGCGAGACCGCCGCUCAGAGGUCGCAUAGUUCCACCGGUGACGUUCGAAGACAUCGAGCCGGUGUUCACGAAGGCCUUGUCACAGAUACACAUGGGCCUGGACCUGUUGAAGCUAGACUUUGGGUUUAUGUACGGACGGAAACACACCAUGACAACGUUACACAAGUUCCUCGAAAUAUCACUACACCUCGCGGCGCUCAUGGCCAGGCUACUGGAGGAGCCGGAGUGUACCGAAGAUGUUUCUAGAAAAAUACAUAAGGCUGUGUAUUCACUUGUUGAAUUAGAUAUUAAGGUUCUCCGUCGCUCCAUGCUGCACAUCGCGUGCUCGGACGAGGGCGCUCGUGGGCGCAGCGCGGGCUUGGUCGUGGGCGCGGCGGGCGGCGGCGCCGUGGGCGCGGCGGGCGCGUGGGCCGGUGCUGGGCGCGACGGCGGCGACGCGCCGUGCGCCGCGUUAGUCGCGCUCAUGCUGAGGCUGGGCGCUGAGCCCAACGCGAGGAACUUGGUCGAUGGGAAUACGCCUCUGCAUUUAGUUUGUAAGUUAAACCCCUGCCCCGCCGAAGUGGUCCGUUCUCUGCUCAACCACGGCGCGCACAUCGACACAGUCAACUUCAAGGGCGAGACCCCCGAAGAGAUACUCAAAUCAACCCGCCAGAACCUCUCAUCCAUAGUCAACCCCCUCAAGUACACCACGCUCAAGUGUCUAGCCGCGCGCACGGUUAAGAAUUACAGACUACCCUACGCGCACGUCGUCCCACAGUGUCUACACGCGACCAUCAACACUCAUUGAUGUAGCUCUGUGCAGACAUUACUCUGUGUAUCCCGACUGACAGAUACUUAACUGUAAUUAAUAUAUGUGACAGAAUCAAUGUAAUUGAACUUAUGUGACUAGCUGUCCGCACCAUAAAUAACUGUCUACAGUUGAAAUAUUAUGUAAUCAAUGUAAUUGAAUGUAUAUAAAAAAGUUACACCCAAUCCUAAGUGGCUGUCGUCCCACAGUGUCUACACGCGACCAUCAACACUCAUUGAUGUAGCUCUGUGCAGACAUUACUCUGUGUAUCCCGACUGACAGAUACUUAACUGUAAUAUAUUGUGACAGAAUCAAUGUAAUUGAACUUACGUGUCUAGCUGUCCACACCAUAAAGAACUCAGACUAGAGUUGAAAUAUUAUGUAAUCAAUGUAAUUGAAUGUAUAUAAAAAAAAUUACAGCCAAUCCUAAGUGGCUGUCGUCCCACAGUGUCUACACGCAACCAUCAACACUCAUUGAUGUAGCUCUGUGCAGACAUUACUCUGUGUAUCCCGACUGACAGAUACUUAACUGUAAUAUAUGUGACAGAAUCAAUGUAAUUGAACUUACGUGUCUAGCUGUCCACACCAUAAAGAACUCAGACUAGAGUUGAAAUAUUAUGUAAUCAAUGUAAUUCAAUGUAUAUAAAAAUAAUUAGAGCCAAUCUUAAAAACCGUCGGCGUCGUCCCACAGUGUUUACACGCGACCAUCAAUACUCCAUAAUGUAGCUCUGUGCAGACACUACUCUGUGUAACCCGACUGACAUAAUAUUUAUGUGAUGGAGUCGAUGUAUGUAGUAUGUGCUAUGUAUCUAGCCGCCCGCCCCUAAAGAUCUAAGAACAGAGUAUAAAUGUAAUAUAAUGAAUAUAACCAACUUUAUCUGCAAAUAAUUAGAGACCACUCAAAUAGUACGUCGUCCCAUACUGUCUACACGCGACCAUCAACACUCAUUCAUGUAGCUCUGUGCAUACAUUACUCUGUGUACCCUGACUGACAGAUAUCCAGACACACAGUAUAGACCGAGGUCUAUACUGUGAUUUGACUAAACUUAUAGAUACUUAUUUUGUCAACUUUCCCAAUACGUAAAAUCUAAUGAUGACGUCACAAAGUUUAUGACAUAAAUAAUAUACGCCUGUGUGCCCCAUAGGCCUCAGAUGCGCUCCACGACAUAUAUCGAGACGCACGAAAGACCAAAGUAUAAUGUCGACCAAUAGCGGCGGAAUCGAUCUCUCUUUCGCUGCGUUGGGAAGAAAGAGAGCGAUAUUUCAACUAUGCUGCUAUUGGUUGGCAAUGCUUUUUCUCUUCGCAAGAUACGUCCUCUUCGCUAGGCACAUUGUAGUAUAUUAAUUUUGUUUAUAACUAUAUUUGCAAUAUAUUUUUUUCUAAAUGUUACUAUUGUUAUUAGUAAUUGUUUUUUGAGUUUCUAAUUAUAUUAUGUUAUAUAAAAUACUUUAUCACAAAGCAUUUAGAAUCAAUAUAUGUAAUUAAGAGUUAGAACAAUCUAUCAGCAAUAUAUUUUGUCAUGUCGCAAAAGUUGUAUUAAGAACGGAAGCACAUUUAGGGUCUCAACACACAUACCAACUUGAAAAGGGAUCGUCACCGCUUCCUGCCUUGCCGUCGAUUAAGCGUCAAAAUGUAUGGUUCAGCAGCUCCGGUACGACGAAUCGGCUAUGGCUACAAAUCGGCUACAGCUACAAAUCGGUUGCGGAUACGAUUCGGCUACGGUUAGGCGACCGCAAAUUGAUGGCUAGUCGAUCCCUAGGCAAUGCGAUUAAGUUACGAUUCCGAUAAGUGUGCAUUGUAUGAAACUUCAUACAAAUAAUAUGAAUCGAUUUGAUAUUAAUAGUGACGAUCCCUUUCCGAGUUAAUAUGUGUGUUGACCUUUAAAACAAUUUUAGACACGUGUAGAAUCAAUAGCUUUCUUAAUAGACUUUGACUUUAACAAAAAAUAAGUGGAUAGGUAAAAAUAUUACACAAAAGUUUCUAAUUUCUUUCAUUUGAGACGUGACCAGGAUAUGCCAGACUAUAUCAUUCAAUUGACCAAAAUCUUCUGACCAGUGAACUGACCAUAAGUAAUAAAGCUGACCAUAAAUAUAGGCAAAAAACUUUAUAUAAGAUAUUCAUAAUCAUGGCGAAAUUGUUUAUAUGUGGGAAGGCGCGUAUCGUAGUAGUAUUGUGAAAAGAAAUCUACAAAGUAUUUAGUAUUAUUAAAAAUAUAAUUAUUGCAUUUGUCAAAGUUUCAAACGAAAUAUUUUUUUGUAAAAAAAAAAAAUUUUUGAUUGUUAGUUUUACAUUGGUCUGCAAAAAAUAUUGUAAAAUUAUAGAAUGGUUAUUUUUGUAAAAAAAAAUGAGAUUGUAAAUGUUAUUUGAUGUUGAUAGACAUAUUUAAAGAGUAGAUAUUUAAUUAAAGGAAUUUAUGUAUUUUAAAUGUCACUGGUUAGGAAAAAUCACGAGUAAUUCUUAAAUUAUUGUCAAAUUAAGACAAAGUAAAUAAAAUACUGUAUUUGUAAUUGUAGUUGUGUAAUUUCUAUGUCAUGAAGAGCAUUUAGCUUUUGGUAGUAGUGCAAGUAUACAACAAAACAGUUUUAGCCGACUUCAGAAAAGGAGGUUAUAUGUAUGUUUUUAAUAUUGUAAAUUGAAGUAGCUUACAUCCUAUAGAUAUACGUCAUGAUUUUGUAUUAUAAUGUUUGUUUUCAUAAUUAUAAUAAAAUUAUUUUGACAUAGCACCUAAUUUUAUUUACACUUUGUGUUAUGUCUAUAAACGAGUAGGGAAUAAUUUAUUUAUUUUUCUCUUCUUAGCGAAUUGAAUUGAAUAUGAACUUCGCAAUCGUUUCGGAUUGGAACGUAUGUAGAAAGCUUUUCUCUCCGAUCUGAGUGAUGUCACUUGGAUUGGUGGAUCUUCGCGGAUAACAUCAAAAUGAAUAAAUAAUUCUCUAUUCAUAAUGAACUUCAACGAAGCGAAGACUGCUUCUUUUCAAUAUAUUGAAAUAUGGGUAUUGAGGUGCUAGGUUAAAAUAAUUAAAGGUCAGUAAACAAAACGGACUUAAGACGCGGACGUGGCGACGGGACGUAGUAAUAUGUAAACAACGUCGCCGUUACGUCCGUAUCUCGUUACAUACGUUUGUAUGUAUUUUGUAUGAAACUAUAUUUCUAAAACUUAUCGUCCCAUCCCGUCCGAAUACGUAUAAUAAAUAAAAUAAAUGAAGUUUUGGAAAGAAACAAAAGUUUACUUAACAUUACACUUAAGUCCGUCAGGGGCGGUUUCAUUAUGAAAGUGUCUGACAACUUAUUCACGAUUUUUAUCUUUGUCAUCUCAUGUUUAGAAAGAAAUUGUCAACUUUUAGACUAUCCAACAUUUAUCAGGUGUUAUUACUUAAUUUACAUAUUAAACUUACAAGUUUAGCCAAAUGGUCUUCGUGAUAUAGAAAAUUAUAUACAAUAAAUAAUAAAUAGACAAGAGUACGUAAAUGUGGUAGGGCGUCAAUACAGGCGUGACGUCGACUAGUCUUUUUUUAUUAGUGUAGAUAAACAUUUUUUUAUUCAAUUCUUCAUGUAUAAACGAGAUUCAAUUUUCAACGACACCCUUAGACACCCUUAAGUGGUUUUUGGUGAUGAUUUAUAUAGUUCCUUCGUUUGUCGUGUAGUGUAUUCAUGUCCUUUUUCGAUACAUUUAUUUGUUUAGCAACGUUGUUAUUAGUCAUACAGUUCAUACUAUAUUAGACAAAAUAAUGAUGCUCUAUGUACAUAUUUAAUGUAAUAAAUUCGCCUAUAGUUUAUUCAGAACUACACAGAAUUUCAUAAUAUCAUAUUAUUAUUUUUAAUAUCAUGUCAUAUAAGAUUGUUAGGUUCGUGUGUGUAUGUCAUUAAUAAAAAAAAUCUUACAAAAACCAUAUUGGGUGUCGUGGGUUGUACGUUUCACACAAAGGGCUAUAAGAGUGAAAACAAAUACGAAAAACACUGUGUUAAGACUAGAUAUUAAGUAGAUUGAUUAUGGAAAUCCGAUAUGGGUUGGACCUUCCUACAGUCGGUUUGGUAUUGGAGUGUGUAAAGUGAGCUUUAUACAUCCGACACCAAAUGUCGGAACGUGUGGGGUGUCCUUAAAUAAAUUUCCGUGUAUAUUGUGAUGACAAUCGACAAAAUGGACUCUAUUUGGAACUGAAUUGAUUACAAGAUGUUAGUUUUUAGUUUUGUAAUUUUCGCAAGCAUAUUUUGUUUGUUAGUUAAUGUAGGUAUUCUCAUAGUAUAUUUUGGAAUUUAUCGAUAUGGCGUGAUUAUAUUGUAUGUGUAAUAGUUAUUUUUUGAAAUUAAUAAAAGCUUUAAAAAU